ACUGACAGGCAGCGAGACGUCAGCGGGCCUGAAGACGGAAGCUAGAGCAUCAACAGCCCCAGCAGGGAGAGCGACGGACCAAGAGAGUUUAUAGUGAGACACGAACCGUUUUUAAGGCUUCAGUUCGGCAGCUGAAAGCUUCGAGGACCCUACCGACAUGUCUGUGUUUGGGAAACUGUUCGGCAGCGGUGGUAAAGGGGGCAAAGGCCCGACCCCGCAAGAAGCGAUCCAGAAACUCCGAGAGACGGAGGCGAUGUUAACGAAGAAGCAGGAGUUUCUGGAGCAGAAGAUUGAGGCGGAACUGCUGACGGCGAAGAAAAACGGCACGAAAAACAAACGAGCUGCCCUGCAGGCCCUGAAGAGGAAGAAACGUUAUGAGAAGCAGCUAGCGCAGAUUGAUGGCACUCUAUCUACCAUCGAGUUUCAGCGAGAAGCUUUGGAGAAUGCCAACACGAACACAGAGGUGCUCAAGAACAUGGGCUUUGCCGCCAAGGCCAUGAAGAAUGCUCAUCAGAACAUGGACAUAGACAAAGUAGAUGACCUCAUGCAAGACAUUACAGAACAGCAGGAACUGGCACAGGAAAUUUCAGAUGCUAUUUCAAGACCUGUUGGCUUUGGAGAAGAGUUUGAUGAGGAUGAAUUGCUGGCUGAGCUGGAGGAAUUGGAACAGGAGGAACUGGAUAAUACUCUGCUGGAAAUUGGUGGCACAGAGAAUGUCCCGCUGCCCAGCGUGCCUUCAACCUCAUUACCCUCCAAACCAGCCAAGAAGAGAGUGGAAGAGGAUGAGGAUGAGAUGGAAGAGCUGAAGGCUUGGGCGUUGUGAAUCCUGCCCAAACUGUCGGACUGCCUUAUCACUCAUUAUGGUUGACUGAUGUUUAGAGUGGACCUGAACACCUUCAGAGGGAUAACGUUGUGAAAUCGAUUGUCUUGGAAUCUGUAGCUCCUGUUACUGGCUGAAACACAUCCAGGAACAGAGGAGUUACCAGCAUAAAGGGGGAUGUAAAACAGGCUACAAAAGACAAAACAAUAGAAAACAAUCAGAUUAAGUUUUAUGUGGAAAAUAACCCAGCAAUGUUUGUCUAUGAUCGACAUUCUUUUCCUAGUUUGACUAAUUUUCCCAUUGAAAUUGAAGAUUAAUCAUACUGAACCAAUUUAAAGCGAUUCAUGAAGAGCUUUGAGUGAGUAUGUCUCAUAAAACACCUACCUCUGUUUGUUUAUCGUAGUGAAAUCCAUUUUAGUCCCAUAGCCUGAUAUGGAAAGUGCCAGGGUUAGAGUAAUCAGACAUACUCAUUCUGACACAUAUCAUAUGUGUUUCGUCGACAUGCAAAUGCCUGUUCAUAAACUGAAUUUUCCUGUCGUUUACCUGCGCUGUUCUACUUAAACCUGUUUGUGAAAGUCCAUUUCGAAGCAUCUCCGUUGACUCAUAUGACACAGGGAAUAUAUUUGGGUUCUGUAAACCCUUUUCAACCUUGAUCUCAAAGUGCUUUGUUUCAUGAAUGUUAUUUAAACAUCCAGGUCAUUUUGAUAAUUUAUUUACAAUCUCUUGAAUAUAUGAUAGUUUAGUAACAUUGAGACAGAUGAUAAAAAAAAGAUUUCGGGGCAAAAUAUUUCCCAAAACUAAAGAAAGUAUAAAUGCCACUCUCAUUUGACCUAGUAAAUCAUACUUUGUCGUUCUUUCAGACGAAUUUCAAACCAAUUUAGAAAUUUCUUCCACUAUUCAUUAAUAAAGAAGUCAAGGCUAGUAAAGAUAAAGGUGUAAGCUAAACUUUUUUCCACCUGGAGAUUUCUGCACUCUCAAAAAUGAAGGUGCCAAAGAGGAUUCUUUGCCAUACUCCAUGAUUCCUUGAAGAAGCACUAAUAGAUGACAGUUUCCCAGACCCAGAUUAAGCCUAAACCUAGACAAAAAAGAAUUUCCAUUGACACAUUUACUCCAAGAUUAGGCUUAAUCUGUGUCUGAAGAAUCGGCUCUUAAAAUGCUUUUGAAACCUUUCAGAUGAACCCUUUUUGGAAACUUGUAUCUUUAAGAGUGUGGACGUUUACAGACAUGCUGUAUCUUUUAUAUAGAAACUGGGAUGUAACCCAAGGUGUGUACAUUUGUAUGUUGCAGAUUAUCCAGAUGAGACUUUUAUUUGGAAUAUCAUUAAACUUUUUUCUAAUUAUUUUUUUUGUUUUGGUGUUGUUGGUUGCGCUAUGGAACCACAGCUGAUUGGUGAUAAGUUGUGCUUUAAACAGACCCCACAGCCAAAACACCAAGUGUUGGUUUUGCACUUUACACAUAUAAAGAUGUGUGUGCCCUGCUAUGUGCCUUACUUAUUGGCAUGCUUAUGCAACUCGAGAGGCAUGUCUUAACAUGACUAAUACAAGUAAUAGCUGACAGCUGACAUGGUGAGAUUCACUGAUUUUUAAGAGUUAAAGCACGACACAUCUACAUUUUUCCUGCUCCUAUUUGUAGAUACUGCGGUUGUGUCAUUUCUGCAUUUUCUCAUUCUGUCAAGAUUGUAUUUAGUCUGAUGCUUACAUCCCGAGAAUGGCCGUAUGGAUUUAUGAUUUUCUGCAAUAAAGAGAAUCACUAAGU